AUGCUCAAACGCAAGGCCUCUUGCGACCUCACCGCCCCCCACAUCUCCAUCUUUAGCGACGACCCCACGCUUGGUCGUCACAAGCGGAAGCGCGCGCUGUUCCGCUCCAAGCCCAGUGCCAGUAAACCGCAGUGGAUCCCGGAAGCAGAGCGCGCCAUGAGUGGGUUGCUGGACUUUGUAUUGCAGCAUGAGGAGGCCUUCAAGAACCAGCACCGCCUAGCAUCGCUGUAUGCCGACUUCCGGCAGCAGCUCGAAAUCAAUCCCGAAGGAUACCACGCAAACAUCGCGGCAUGGACAAAGGCCCUCACCGAUGCGGCGCGGGCCGGUGCCGUUCCCACGCAGGGCACCACGCACGAUCUCCUGAGCAUUCGAGCCGCCGACGAGCUUGCGCGCGCGCUGCAACAUCCACAAUAUGGCAAGCCGACAUGCUUGCCGGCCGUGUUCCAUGAGGCAGUGCAGAAGAAGGAAAUGAUACCCCUGAAAGACUUUCUGAAUUCAAAAGAGAGCAUAUACAAGACGUCAUGGAUCCCGUCCCCCUGGAAAGUGUUGCAGUGGAGCUUGCGGCAGGUUGGCGUACUCGGGCAGCCGCAGGCACCGGCCAAGAUGGAAGUCGGGAACUUUGUCGUGCUGAAGAACGUCGAGGUUGCGGCAGAUGAGAUUCUCAAGAAGAUGAAGGAGCACACAUCGACAGCCGACCGCGUACUGUCAAGGACCGACUUCCUGAAGCGCUUCUCAACCACGCUCAACCCCUCUGCGCCGCUUACGGCCAACGACCUGAGCGUACUACUAGCAUUCCUGGCCAGAGACAAGCAAGCAAUAUCGUACAACGCGCAAACCAUCAAGUUCAAGCCGGAGCACGAGGAUGUGCCGUUGCCUGUCACAGAAGAAGACGCCGCUAUAGCCAACCUUCGCGACACACUAGCAAAGAUCAAUGCUCAGAUUCCACCGUUGAUGGAGAAGAUUGCCGCUGCGGACGCUGCCGCCCGCGAAGCCGUGUCCGCGAAGCAGAUGAUUCGUGCCAAGGCCGCACUCCGGUCCAAGAAACUCGCUGAGGGCGCCCUUGCUCAACGCUCAGACGUUGCUCUUCAGCUUGAGCAAGUGUACACAGACCUGCAACGAGCCGCAGACCAAGUCGAGAUAGUGGAGGCUAUGCGUGCUGGUGCUGCGGCACUCAAGGGCUUGAACGAAAAAGUCGGCGGCACAGAAGGCGUUCAAGGUGUCAUUGAUGCUGUGAAUGAGCAGAUGGCAACUACCGAGGAAAUUACCAACAUCAUCAAUGAGAGUGGUCAGCCACUUGACGAGGAAGAGAUUGACGACGAGUUUGAAGCUCUCGAAAGGGCGGACCGCGAGAGGCGCGAGAAGGAGGAAGCAGACAGGACCGCUGCAAGACUUGCAGAGCUCGAAGAGGCCGAGACAAGGCGUAGAGAGAAAGAGAGGGAGGAACAAGCUGCAGCCCAGAAGAGUGAGGAUGAAGAGACAGAAGAGCAAGUCAAUCAAGCUUCUCAAGGUAUGGCAAGGAUAUCCUUCAUCGAGCGGGACGAUGAGACGGAAGAUUCAGAAGAGAGCCGUGUGCCUGUUCUUGCAUAAGCCACUCUUUGAUGCGUAGGCGUUGUCUGGGGUAUUGCAUAGCAGCGGCGUUUCUGGCUUGUUAUUUGGCAGAUUUAGUAUAUAGACACAGGCAUCGUUCCGUGUAUCAUGGGAACGCCGCAUACAUAAUUGAUACCUUUU